GAUACAGUAAUUUUUUCAUUAUGUAAGAAUUUUCUUUUACACACUGCACAUGUUUUAAAUACAAAGAAAUGCAUGCAUCAGAAAAAAUUCGAGAUUUAAAAACAUGAUUGCUAUGAGUGUGGCUAUGUGAAUGUUCAUAAUGAACAGGCACGGGCACACACAUACACAUUGUAUGUGUGCUAGAAUGCAUUUCUGAGAUUUUGGAAAUUAACUGUUUCCAGACAGCUAUGCAGAGUCAUCUUAAGUAUUUUCUUGUAAAUGCUGAACUUUCCUCACACUGCACUUUUUCUUCAGCUGGAUCAUCUUCAAUCGCUUGUGAUUUUGAGACUUCUAGUAUUUGUGGAUACAAAUUUGACUCUGCGGGUAACUUCAACUGGACCUGGAGGGCUGGCUCUUUUCCUGCCACUGACCACACGACUCAAACCGCCAGUGGGCACUUUCUUGUGGCUCGCGUCUCUGGAACCAGAGGUAGGGCCCAGAGAGCGAAACUUGUUAGCCCCAGUUUUCCUCGAUCGAGCAGUCAACGUUGCUUGCAGUUUUGGUAUACCAUACCUGGAUCUACCGGAAGUCUAAGCGUAGUUGUUGGAAGUCCAUCAUCAACAGGGGUGUCUUGGUCAGGGCGAUCACCAGUCAAUACGUGGAUGAUUGGUCAAGUGAAUAUUCCGACAGGAAGUGGACAAAUUCAGGCUUCUUUCACGGCUCAGAUAGCACCCUUCGGAACAAGUGUUGUAGCAAUAGAUGAUGUUUCCAUCAGACCAGGACAAUGCAGAGCAAUUGGUAAGUUUAGUAUUGUUCAUCAGGAACAAUUUGCAUUUAAUUUGACAAUUUGCUACAUGAAAUGAUAAUUAGGUUUGAAAUAUUUGUCUUUGCAAUAGGUUUCUAAGACAGAGAUGCUCGUAUCGGUAUGACUCCCUGCAUUUUUAAUACUAUUGCAGAAAAAUAAUCAUUGCUUUUAAGCAAGCUCUUUGUUUUAAAAAAUUUGUUUUUUAUUCUUCAAAUUAACAUUAAUGCAGGCUCCAUCUACAUUUUGGUUUGAAAAAUCAUCUAGUGUAGUGACUCUUUAUUCUUGUCAAUUACAUAGACUCACUUUUACUUUUUCAUCCUCUGUUGCUGUUAAGCGUCGAGGGGAGAUGCAGUUUUCUAUGGUAGGUCAGCUCCACAGCUCUUUCUUUCGAUUGGAAUAUCACAAUCAUUGAAGUAUUCCUUUAUUAUUGCAGGUUUUUGCGACUUCGAGAACAACGACUUUUGCCUGUAUUCAAAUGACCCUGCUGAUCAGUUUGACUGGAUUGUCAGACAGGGUAGCACAGGGACUUAUGGAACAGGGCCUUCUUCAGAUUUCACAUUUUCUAAUAGCAGUGGUACGUACAUAUUUUUGAAAGACAUACUUGCAAAAUCUCCUUGUAGGUGAGACAAGUCGGAAUUGAGUGCAUCCUGGGAAAAGGGUAUAUUUUUCAGAAAUUCCAAAUGCCUUUCUGAUUUUCUUUUAAGAUAACCUUUGCUUAAUAAUCCUGUCAUACACGGCUGAGAUAUCUUUCUUACUUCUUUUUCUUUGUCUUUUUAUAAGUAUAGACAUGGCUAUUAUUGUAAGUCAUGGUGAGUAACUAUGGUUAGAAAAAGGAAAUUACUAGUGAGUUUCCCUUUUUGCGUGUACUUAAAGAGUUGGAUUUUGUCCUAGCAACAUGAGACUUUAUUUUCUCGUUUUUUUCUGUAUCACCCAAAAGACAUAGAUUAUACGAAUCAAAUCAUGGUGGAAUCAGAAGCUCCUCAAAUUUUGGGCUUAUAGAGUUCUUGGUAUUGUCUUUAAGUUUGUUCAUUUGUCUCUCUUCCGAUGAAAUUAAUAAAUACCAAUGUAUCUUGAAAAGAAAUCUCGAUAUUUGCGAU